GAAAGGGGGUCAAUAUGGGGUAAUUGCUGACGGAUAAGCGUCACUUCGCCAUCACCUCUCAACCCAGUCGGACGUCGAAGCCUCAUCUCCAAGAAUGGCGCAAGCUGACAAACGUUUCAUCUUGAGAACUGCAGAACGCAUCUCUUUCUGCUUUGAUAUCUAUCUGGGCGAUGCUGGGGGUAAGCGAAGCCGUGCUGACCAUGAGGAUGUCAAUGUGGAGAAAAUGUCAGAACCUGCAAAGAAGAAAUUGAUCUUUAGUGAUGACGACAUGUCGCCACUGCCGGCCAGCCCACCUCCUGACGCUCCAUCAGGACAGGAGUCGCAACAGCAGCAGCCGGCAUCGCAGUCGAUUCCGCCACCUCAGGAGUCGCUAAUGCCACCUCCGACCGAAACACAGCCGUGA